AUGCGGCCCGCUGCGGCGCUCGUCUACCUCGCGAGCGUCGCCCGAGUGGCCGCCAUCCAGUAUGGCUUCCCCACCGUCAAGUCUGCGUCGAGCUUCAUCGACGUCAACCCCGUCUCCGCCGAUCGACUCUGGAGGACGCGGUCGGCGGCGCUUCGCGAACUGGCACAGAAGGUUCGAGACGGCACGGAUCUUGUGCUCCUAUGCGCGGGUAGGAUUGAGUCCUGUCACGGCGAUCUGCUGAGGAAGGGGAUCCUAGCCGACGCGGCGCAGCUCGAGGCCACCAGCAAGAAGAAGCCGCGCUCCGACAAGGGCAAGCCAAGGGGUCCUCGGGGGCCCAGGGCCGACUCGCCCGGGGCUGCAUGA